AUGGCCAAGAUGAAGACAAGCACGUCCGCAGGAAGCAAGCAGAGAUCGGCAAAAGACGCUUCCUUUGCGCCAGUGUCAAACGCAGCUCGAGUGUUCCAAGUGCGACGAAAGAAAUAG